UGUCAUCUAUGACCGUGCGGUGUUUCGCGUUAUUCGUUUCAUUGGUUUGGAAUGCAACUUUCCAUUAAAAGGAGAGUUCAGGUUAAUUUUCAAUCUUGCGGUUUGGAUAUUUGUGCAUCGGCUAGCUGGCUUUUAAAGAAACUCGGCUUUUACCUGUCAAUACCUAACAUCUGGUCCAAGAUGUCAAAUCAUGCAGAUCACUCGAAUUAUUUGCAAGAUAGCAGUAGCGACGCAGAAACAGACAAAGAAACAGAUGAUAGAGGACGACAUCGUAUUUAUGGGAAUAGAAUGAGUUGUGGUGGCUCUUCCAAACCAAAAUCUUGUCUGGUUCAAAGAGAUGGAAGCAAUGAAAGGCACUGUCAUUCCUUCAAUUCUGGCAGGCAAAAUACAAAUAUUAAUCAUCAAAACAGACUUUGUACCGGGGUUGCCGUUGGAAAAACUCAACAAAAUCAAUGUAGGGACAAUUUGCCGUCGUCGGCGUCUAUUAUCGGUGUAAAUAAUCCACCAGCUAGCGAUGAUCGCAUUACUCUUAUUGUGGAUAAUACUGUAUUUAUCGUUGACCGCGCCUUGUUCACCGCACAUCCAAAUACAAUGUUGGGAAGAAUGUUUAGUUCUGGCGUAGAAUAUGCUCAACCAAAUGAACGCGGUGAAUACCAAGUUGCGGAAGGCGUAUCUGCCAUGGUGUUUAGAGCUAUUCUUGAUUAUUAUAAAGGUGGAAUAAUACGUUGUCCACCGUCAGUCGCGGUUCAAGAUUUGCGGGAGGCAUGCGACUAUCUUCUUGUUCCUUUCGAUGCUAGCACAGUGAAAUGCCAAAAUUUGAGAGGGUUAUUACAUGAGUUGUCUAACGAAGGCGCGCGCUGCCAGUUCGAAGUGUUCCUCGAGGACUUGAUGUUGCCCCUGAUGGUAAACAGUGCGCGUAGAGGUGACCGUGAAUGCCAUAUCGUCGUUUUACUGGAAGACGAUACCGUCGACUGGGACGAAGAAUAUCCCCCGCAAAUGGGAGAGGAGUACUCGCAAACCGUCAACAGCACCGCGAUGUAUCGGUUUUUCAAGUACAUCGAGAACAGGGAUGUGGCCAAGCAGGUGAUGAAGGAACGCUGCCUGAAAAAGAUCCGCUUGGGCAUCGAAGGCUAUCCUACCUACAAGGAGAAAGUGAAGACAAGAGCGGGAGGACGGUCCGAGGUGAUUUACAAUUACGUGCAGAGGCCUUUCAUUCACAUGUCCUGGGAGAAGGAGGAGGCGAAAAGUCGACACGUCGACUUCCAGUGCCUAAAAUCGAAAUCCGUAACGAACCUUGCGGAAGCCACUGCCGACCCGGUGCUAGACGCCGGGGCAAAUCCUAUAGGAAUGGGUCUGUUGCAGUCUACGGAACCAACCACUCAACCGGAAGUAGUGAUGCCCGCCGGCCCAGAGGCGGACGCCGAAGGCGCCGUAGGAUUACCGGCCGAGCAGGAUCUCGGCCAAAUGGCAGCCGACGAUUUACGCAACUUCACGAUAAAGAAAUCCGCGAUCGAGAAAUCCUAUUCGGAGGCGCUCCUCAAAAUAUCUUCCGCCUAUUUGAACAAGAAAAUCCCGUACAUUCCGGACCUGAAGGUCGAUGGCGGCGACGAGAAAUGGAACAUGUGGAACGUUUGGCGGACCGUGCUGGAGGAGAACGAGAAGCUGGCCAGAGCUCGGCUAGCGGCCGUCGAGGUUUUUCAACAACAAAUUGCCGACGACGCCAAAAGCUUGAAGAUGCACAAACUCCAAAUUUCAAAGAAGGCGAUCGACCAAUUGAUGAUAGUACAAAAAGAGCUGCAAAUGUGCGUGCAGGACGUGGAUAAAACGAAGAAGUUGUACUUCGACGAGGAGCACAGUGCUCACGACGUCCGGGACAAGGCAAAAGACAUCGAGGAAAAAUUAAAGAAAAAGAAAGGAUCUUUCUUUCAAUCGAUAACGUCGUUGCAGAAAAACAGCGCGAAGGUGAGCUCGAAACGCGACGCAUUGGAGGAAAAGUCAACGGGAGCUCGAAACGAUUAUUUACUUAGCCUCGCCGCUGCGAAUGCCCAUCAAAAAAGAUAUUUUGUAGUCGAUUUACAGAACACCAUGCAGUAUUUGGAACAAGGCGUUUACGAUAAGGUAGCCGAAUAUUUAACGCUGAUGGGUCGUACCGAACUCUUGACCUGUCUGGCAACGCAGAACAGCUUCACGAAAAUUCGCGACCAAGCGCAACAACUCACUAGAGAGUACAACAUUCAGUGUUGCUGUUUGUACUACCCUGUUUUGAAGCAGCAUAUAGAGUACGAUUUCGAGUGUUGCGACAACGAUCCGGUGGAUAGGAUAACCGCCGAUCACUCUGCCGCGGCCACGCUCGGUAAAGAGGCUCGUCGCUGGUCGACGAGAAUAGCGCGUGAAGUAAGCAGCAUCCGGGAGAACAGUAGGAAAUUGCAGAAUUUUAUUCAGCUGAAAGAGUCCGGGCAAAAGACUGAUCCAAACGAUCCGCAAGGUCCGGAUUUGGACACGAAAAUCGACGAGCUGAAACACGCAAUACGACGCGCAGAGACAGCUAAGCUGAAAGCAGAGUCGAGAAUAGAUUGCCUUCGGAACGGUGGAGUGAACGUCGACGAGUGGCUGCAGGAGGUCGAGACAUUGAGCGUGCAGGACAUGCCACGCUCGGCCAGCUCCCUCUCCGUGAGGACGGACGCUUCUGGAACUGCGGAACAUCCGUCCUCGGAUUCGUUCUACGAUAGCGACGGGGACGGUGGAAGCGACCUGACCACCGUCGAGCGGCCGGGCAGUGUAAAGAAUACUUCUCAGCAGGAAGACGAGCCUAUCGACGAAAGACAAAGGCACGACAGCGAGGAAGUUGACGCGUUGCUCGAGCAAGAGAAACAACGAAUAGAGCAGCUGACUGUAGGAUGGGACGAUCCAACGGCUGUGGACUGGGACAACGAGGAGAAAGACGAGCAGACGGAAGUCCACGAAACAGAGGAGGCGCCUCCUGCGCAACCGAUUUACAAGUGCACUGCGCUGUAUUCGUACACGGCGCAAAAUCCAGACGAACUGUCGAUUGUUGAAAGCGAACAGCUCGAAGUUGUUGGCGAAGGCGACGGGGAUGGUUGGUUGCGAGCUCGCAAUUACCGUGGCGAAGAAGGUUUCGUUCCUCAAAAUUAUCUCGAUGUCGAGCGCGAGUCCGAAACCACUUCCGGUUUGACUUCCCAGGGGCCGGGACUCGUCCAUCAGAUAUCCUUCUCUUCGGUGGACUACACGAUCGACGACCACGACGCGGUCGAUCCUGAUGCUAAUUUGCAACAUGCUAUUGUUUCGGAAGCAGCAAUUGUACAAAAUCAUAUAGGAGAACCCGAGCAAUUCUGUAUCGCCCUUUACGAUUACGACGCUACGUGCGACGAGGAGGUUAGUUUCUACGAAGGCGACGUUGUGAAAAUUCUAAGAAAAGAUCCGCACGACGUCGAUGACGGCUGGUGGGAGGGAGAAAUUCGCGGGCAUCGAGGAUUAUUCCCCUCUUUGAUCAUGGAACCGUGCGCUGCCGACGGUUCACCUUUAACCCCGCAGGAGAACAUAACGCCACCGAGUUCCGCGCCUCCUGUAUUCACCCCGCCCGAAGUUCCAGAGUUUUUCUUGGAGGACGAGUUGACGCAGGGCAUGAUGAAAGUGAGCGCAGAAAUGCAGGAGGCUGAGCAAAUCGCUAACGCGAACGCCGAGCAAUCGCAAGACGGUUUCGUAAUAAAUCUUUCCAAGGACCAGAAGAGCCAUUAUGGCUCACAGUUUGAGGAAGACGGGUCCGAGGGGCCUGGCAUCGUAGUUGUACAAGUAUCGGAUGAAUCUGGAAUGAAGACAGAUGAGGAGAAAGCGAAGCCGUCGGUGACCACCGAGAACACCGACGACGACCAAUCCAAAGAUGAAUUUGGAUUAGGCGUUGCUCAGAUCGUAAUCACGGCUGCGACCCCCAUGGAGGAAGUCGAGCACCCUUUCCCCGGGAUGGAGGAGGCUGCCGACGACACGGUCAAGUCUACCGAAAGCUCUGAAGGUGGUGAUCUGCCGUCUAGCGCCACUACCACUGACAUGAACGAAAGUGACUGCAAAGAGACCACCGUUAUCAUGGAUGAAAAAGAGGAUCAAGAGACUACCGAAGCACCGGAGGACAUUGAAGAAAAGUCAACGGUGGACGAUUUGCCAGCGGAUUCGGCACCAUUUCCGGUUAGUAGCAGUUCCGGCAGCGAGGCGGACUCGACGACUGGGCCGAGCACAGGAGAAAAUUCUCAGUCGAUACCGUCUCGCGGCACGGUGAUUGAUGUACAGGAACAACAACAGCUACAGCAACUGGAACAGGAACAGGAACAGGAACAGGAAUUGGAACAACGGGAAAUCGAAACAGAAGAAAUCGAGAUCGUGCCGAAGAAAAUGGUGAUGGCAGGAAGGGCAAGUAUUCCAGAUGAAUUACAACCCGACCAGCUGGAGAAGCUGCAAAAUCUGAAAGAAUCGAAUGCCUAGGAUUGACUAGACCUCGGAGAGGAUCCCGAUUAUCCUGCCUUAACAAAUAAACUGGCUCUUCCGAAAAAUCAUCAAAAUAAGUUUCAGCAUUUGCUGGAAUUCUGGAAAUCUCCGGAGGUUAUUGGGAGGAAAGACUAACCGGGAAAGAAUCGAUAGAAACGGGGAAACAGAAAAAAGAUACUGAGCAAAUUUUUAUGUUAAUACUAUGUACACAACCUUUUUGCUAGACGAUACUCUAGUGAACUAUUUAAAACAAAAAAACGAAAAAACAAAUGAAGGGUGUUGCGACUUUUGCAACAUAUUUACAAGACGUUAAUUGUACAGAGCCAUAAGGUAAUAAAGAGAAUUGUCGAUACCUAUGAUAGAAUGGAAACGUUUAGUUGUUCGUGUACAUUUUAAGAGAAUUAUAAUGGUGUUGCAUGUACUAACAAA